AUGGAGCUGGGUUUGGACCCGACAAUGGCUCUUCCUUUUCCCAUCCUAUGCACAGACAGGUUCUUACUGGCCAAUGAGGAAGGGAUGGGCCUCAGUUUUGAGUCACACUACUUUGCUAUUCUGCUGGAUAGAGCUGAGAUUGGGCGGAAGGGGAAAAAGAAGGUUAAUCAACAACAAAGCAAACAAAUAAAUGCCAAAUGCGGACAAGUUCCACGGAAAGCGCUUUGA